GCGACAUCUCCCAGCUCUCCACUAACCUUGCGGUCACGGUAGAGCGACUCUAUGCUGAAAUCAAUCAAGACGGCAAUGCAGUUUUUCUCCCCCGCACCUGCGUCAAGCUUGGUCAGCAUGUUUUGGUUCGGCUUCAUCGAGUGCAAGCAUAUGAGAUGUCCAAUGGCCCCCGUGCGGAUUUGCGCAUCGCCUGGCCAGCCGCAGCGGUCGAGGCUCUCGGCGAGCGAAUCCAAAGUCUGCAGGAUCUGUGGUCCCUUACUUUCCCUUCCGGACAACUGCCACUUCAGAAGCUCACUCGUCUCCGGGCUACAAGUGCAACAGAGAAAAAUGGCAAGAACACCAGGAACCAAAGCGUGCUGCCAGUCACGGAGAAAGUUGACCAGCUAAAUGGAUCUUCGAGCCCGAAACCGGCAGAGAAAUCAAGCACCAUUUUGCGACCUGGCUAACAAUAGAUGACCUGGGUCCUAUAUACUGGAUCAGCGGCAAACCAGGCUCAGGAAAGUCAACUCUUUUUCGAUUCCUGUUCGGACACUCCA